CUGAAAGUUGAUCCAAACCUCAACAUCAAAACGGCGGGAAAAUUGGGGAAAGAGGCGGGAACUCAAAAAGAAUUUCAGAGUUCAGAUGAUAUAUAUAUAAAAGCAAACAAAUUUACUCAUAUUCACAACACUCAACACUAAUUCCAAUUCAAUUUCUCAUAUUCUCUAGCAAAACAGAACUCUAGAAAUGGGUAAAAAGAAGAACAAAUCUAGGGUUUCUCGUCAUCAAAAAGAAGAUGAUGGAGUCGAAUCAGAAGAAGAAGAAGUAGAAUUUGAACAACAAGAAGAAGACGAACAGCAAGAGAAUUUCAAUCAGUCUUCAAUUAAUAACAAGAGUCUCUACGAGGUUCUUGGUGUUGAGAGAACAGCAUCUCAGCAGGAAAUAAAGAAAGCGUACUAUAAGUUGGCUUUGCGGCUGCAUCCUGAUAAAAAUCCUGGCGAUGAGGAUGCUAAAGAAAAGUUUCAGCAAUUGCAAAAGGUUAUUUCAAUUCUCGGCGAUGAGGAGAAACGAGCUGUCUAUGAUCAAACUGGUUGUGUUGAUGACGCUGAUCUAGCUGGUGAUGUUGUUGAGAAUUUGAGGCAAUUUUUCAGAACCAUGUACAAAAAGGUCACUGAAGCUGAUAUUGAAGAGUUUGAAGCUAAUUAUAGGGGAUCUGAUUCUGAGAAAAAGGAUUUGAUUGAUCUCUAUGAGAAGUACGAGGGGAACAUGAAUAGGCUCUUCUGCUCAAUGAUCUGUUCUGAUCCUAAAAUUGAUUCGCAUCGCUUUAAAGAUAUCCUGGAUGAGGCAAUUUCUGCUGGUGACUUAACAGAAUCCAGAGCUUACAAGAAAUGGGCAAAGAAAAUAUCUAUGACAAAACAACCCAGCAGCCCUUUAAAAAGGAAGGCAAAGUCAAAUAAACAACCGGAAGCAGAUUUACUUGCUAUCAUAUCUCAGCGCCAAAGUGAGAGGAAAGACCGCCUUGAUUCCAUGUUUUCAACUCUGAUUUCUAAAUAUGGUGGCAGUAGUGCAAAUCCUGAACCAUCGGAAGAAGAAUUUGAAGCCAUACAGAAGAAAAUCAAGAGACGAUCCUCUUCGAAAAAAUCAAAGGUAAAGUAGUUUGACAUUCGGAUGAUACUGGCUUUAGGGUGACUCGGAUUGUGUACAAGCUUCAGUUCCAUGUGCACUUUGUUAUCAAACUGUUAUUGCUAAUUAUGUGUAAUUGUCUCUUUGGUCUCAAUGUUCUGGAUAUGUUUCCCUUUUUGAAUCUAAAACAAGCUCCAGUUGGAGGCUUCGAA